AUACAAAUACAAAAUCCUCCAGUAAAGAGAGUGGAAAUUGAAAAUUCCCGGGUGAUAUCAUUUCACCCGGCUUUUGACGGCGAACGCGUAAAGACGAAGCAAGAAGAACCGUAAAACUUCCCUCUCCUAAUUUACUUCCCCUCCUAUUUCCAUCGACCUUCCUUUUCUUAGCCCACACCCCCUUCCCUCCUUCCCUUAUAAACCUAAAUCCCCCAAAAUCCCUCAAAACCAAAAUUCACAACAUCAGAUCCGAGAUCAGAUCAGAUCCACCGACCCGCAAUGUCGAACCCAACCCCACCUCCGAUCCUUCCGGUCUCAACCACGUCCACAACCACCGCCGGCUCCGUCCAAUCCCAGGCCCCGAUCGCAACCCCAGCCUUCCGCGCCUUCCUCACCCACAUAUCGGAAAAUCUCCGCAACGGCCUCUCCCAGCGCCGCCCCUGGACCGAGCUUUUCGACCGCUCCGCCUUCGCCAAGCCCGAGUCGCUCUCCGAAGCCACCGGCCGCGUCCGCAAGAACUACUCCUACUUCCGCGUCAACUACCUGGCCACCAUCGCUCUCAUCGUCGCCGUCUCCCUCUUCACCCACCCCUUCUCUCUCCUCGUCCUCCUCGGCCUCCUCGCCGGCUGGCUCUUCCUCUAUCUCUUCCGGCCCUCCGAUCAGCCCCUCGUCAUCUUCGGCCGCACCUUCUCCGACACCCAGACCCUCUGGGGCCUCAUCGCCUUCUCCAUCUUCGUCGUCUUCCUCACCUCCGUCGGAUCCCUACUCAUCUCGGCUCUACUCGUCGGCGCUGCCGUCGUCUUCGCUCACGGCGCCUUUAGGGUUCCCGAGGACCUCUUCUUGGACGAGCAAGAGCCUACAGCCUCCACUGGCUUCCUCUCCUUCCUCAACGGCGCUGCCUCCAAUGUCGCUGCCGCCACAGCCCCGGCCGUUAUCGCCGCUCGCGGUUGAUCUUAUCUAUCUCCUCCCCAUUGUCGUUGGAUCGCGCUCAAGAUGAUGAUGGUAUAAGUAGUUAAAUUCAUAUUAUAGUUUGUUCUCAGACAACAAAAAUGGAAAAGUAAUAAUAAAGUUGACGUUUUUGUCCUACAAACAUAUUUAGGGUGGGUUUUGUUGUGCGCAAUUUGUAUGGAUCUGUGUAUCUUCGUUCUAAUUUAGAUAGAAAAUUCAUGUUUUUUCAUGGUUCUUUGGUGGAUCUUGUCGAGUACAAAUUGUAACUGCCACAGGUCAUUGAUAUAAAGGAUUCUUUUUGUUUUACUCUCUGCAGAUCUGCAUUAUAUAAUUUAUCUCUAUGAAUAUGAGUUUCA